AUGUUAAGAAACAAGAUACAUAUAUGGAAUAAGCACUUACAUGAAAAGGCACAUGAGCUUUUGCAAGAAACACGUCUGCAUGAUACAUUGACCAAUGUUGUAAUUCCAACCUUUGAUACCGUUGAUUUACACCCAGUUAUCUUCUCAAGCUUUAAGCUAAAGACUGUUCCUAGCCUAGAUGCAAAACUUUCUGAUAUAUGUAUUGGGACUUCAGCUUUCCCAUCCCAACUACCACCGUAUGCCUUUAAGAAUGGUGAUAAGGAAUUCAAUCUAGUUGAUGGGGUUCUCACUGCAGCUGGCCCGGCUUUGCUUGCAAUAAGUGAAGUGAUACAACAAUUGAAUGAGAAGAAUUCUGAUUUCAUUCCAAUAAAAGCAAACGAGCCCCUCAAAAUCGUGUUGUUGUCACUAGGAACAGGAAGUAGUCCAUCAGAUUUAAAACUUCCUGCUUCUUGGGGACAGUUCCUUUCUUUUAAUAAAUGGGUACCCAUAUUAGCUCUUGGUUAUGCUAUAUCUGAUGGACAAGUGAAUGAUUAUCAUCUUGAAUCUGUGUUUCCAAGCGAUUCAUCUUCUUCCGACAAUUACUACCUUCGAGUUCAGGAGUUUAAUUUGGAUCCAUCCAUAACUGCUGAUGAUACUAGUAAGGAAAACAUGGAAAAACUUAUAAAGGCAGCAGAUGAUUUGCUCCCACAGUCUGUUAAGGUUUUGAAUGUAACUUCUUUUCUUCCAUUCGAGAAACCAAGCGAGGGUACAAAUGCUGAAGCUCUUGAAAGGUUGGCUGAAAUUCUAUACAAUGAGAGGCAGGUGCGUUUGAAAAGAAAAUCAAUGGAAAAACAAGGACGACCUUUCAUUGCUUCUGCUCUCCGGAUGAUUUAA